AUGGUUGAUGAACACGUCUCUAACUUAAUAAUAACCCAUGAAGAGAUCCAGGGGACAGAGAGACUGACACGCGGACAAAACAAAAACAGUCUUUGGUUUGAAAAAAGGAAAACUCUCUUAACAGCUUCAAAUUUUGGAAAAGCUGCCAAGACCAAAGUGGAGCCUUCAAAUAAAUUAAAGUCAAUCCUCUAUUCAAACUUCACAACAGAUGCUCUUCAAUAUGGCAUUGAAUGUGAACCAAAGGCAGUGAACUUGUAUAUUAAGGAAAUGAGAAAAAAUGGUGUCAAUGUUAAAGUUGAAGAAGUUGGAUUAUUGGUGUCUAAGGAGAAACCAUACUUGGGAGCUAGCAUUGACAGAAUUGUCACCUUCAAAGAUACAGAAGAAAAAUGGGGAAUGGAAAUUAAAUCUCCCUUCAGCAAAGCAGGAAUGACUGUAGAAGAGGCAUGCAAAACCCAAAAUUUUUUUCUGGAGAAACUUGGUGAUGGAACAGUGAGGCUUAAACGAAAUCAUGAUUAUUAUUUGCAAAUUCAAGGACAGCUCUACUGUUCUGACUUAGAUCUACAAGGGAUCAUUCUCACAGUUUAUUUUGGAGAAGAUAAACCACUAUUUUUAGAGAACAUUUACUCAGACAACACUUGGUCCAGUGACUGCCUGCCUAAGAUUGAUUUCUUUUACAGAAGGGCUCUUUUCCCUGAGCUUCUUACCAAACGAGUGCAGAGGGGAAAGCUUCUCUACCUCCAUGGUGGGUGGCAACCUUUUGGCCACUAUAGCUGCAGCAGAACUGGUUUAAAAUUAACAUUUGAAAGACAAGUAUAA